AGGAAGAAAUACGCCCGUGUAGCCACGUGGGGCGAAUCACACAUGACUGGCACAGCUAGUAGCUAACAAAAAUAAAAUAAGAACCUUAGUUAGCUUUCUAGCUAAUCUACAAUGGAGGACCUACCUGCAGAUAUCAAAGCUUUCCUUAUGAAUCACCCAUUUUUUGAACUUACGGACGACGGCAAAAAGAUCAAAUGCGUACUCAAUGGACAUGAUUGUCCUUGCAACCUCACAGAGCUCCAGAACUUCACCAAAGGGAAGAAAUAUCAGAAAAUGUGUUCUAAUGCAGAGUUCAAAUAUAGUCAAUAUGAACCACAUGUUGUGCCCAGCUCGAAGCAACCCAAUCAUCUCUUCUGCAAGUUGACUCUCAGACACAUCAAUCGCCUGCCACACCAUGUCUUACAGCAUGUCAAUGGGAAGCGGUUCCAAAAAGCGAAGAAGAAAUAUGAAGAGUGUCUGCAACAGGGUGUGGAGUACAUGCCAGCCAGCCUCCAACAGAAGAAGCCCAGAGAUAGAGAGAAAGAUGGGGAGAGGGGGCGCAACUUCCAGCGGGGGAAUGGAGCGUGGGCUCCUGACUCCAGCGACGAGGGAGGCAGUGACUCAGAGGACAGCAUGAGUGACCUGUACCCCUCCACUUUAUUCUCUCUGAAAAAGGAGACAGAGGGUAUGGAGGAGGAAAAAGAUGCCUUUAAAACAGAUGAUGAGGAGAUGGAGAUUGAUAAACAGGCGCCACAGAAACGCAAGAAGGUCAGAUGGCUUAACCCUCGUGGAACUGUUUUUUUCACCAGUAGUGUUGAGCAGUGUUCCAAGCAAACAGGUCUGCAUGUGGUUGUUGAAUUACUGUAAUUAGUAACACUGCUCUCUUUGCAUCUUCGACAGGUUCAGGAUGGGGGUUUCCAGAAGAAAUUCAAGAAUCAUAACUGUAAAAGAAAAGGUUUUAAAGACCAUGUUAAAAAUAUAAAAUAAAGGUGAAUGCUGUGCCCAUGUUAAAAAUAUAAAAUAAAGGUGAAUGUUGUGCUUCUCUAUUUGCACUUUGAUCUUGUCAUAUGCUCUCAUCCUGCCGAGUGUUCCUACGUAGAUUCAAACAUAAGGCUACUCCAAGUAGCUAAUUAUCAGUUUUUCUGUCUAAUUUUGAGCAAAAGUUGACAAUCAACACUACAUCUGUAAUGUUCCACACAAAAGCAUUUUCUUGUCUUGACAUGGAUUCUGCUAUUGCCCAGCACCAAAUGUACAUCUUACAGAUGCUCUU